AUGGCUGUGAACAUCCCUGGUGUAAUUGCAGUGGUGGUGUUCUAUGUCCUUAUUCUGGGGACAGGGCUUUGGGCCGCCCGAAAGUCCAGAAAGGCUGAGAGGAACAGCCAUGGAAAUAGGACUGAAGUGGUGCUCCUUGGAGACAGAAAUAUCAACUUGCUGGUCGGGAUUUUCACCAUGACUGCUACAUGGGUUGGAGGUGGUUUCAUCCUGGGUGUGGCAGAGGCGGUGUACUCUCCGAAAAUGGGCUUAGUAUGGGCUCUUAUGCCUAUACACUACAUGGUGUCCUUCAUAAUAGGUGGUCUUUUCUUUGCCAAGCCAAUGAGGAAUAAGAAGUAUGUCACCAUGAUGGAUCCAUUCCAGAUAAAGUAUGGCAAUGUACUCAGUGGGGCUCUGGUGCUGCCUUCUAUACUGGUAGAUGUGCUGUGGGUCUCCUCCACUCUGCUUGGCUUAGGAGCAACUAUGACUGUGAUACUGGACAUGCCCUAUGCCUAUUGUGUUUGGAUCUCAUCAGCUGUUGCCAUCAUCUACACUUUAUUAGGAGGCCUUUAUUCAGUGGCCUACACUGAUGUUAUCCAGCUUUGUCUAGUUUUCCUCAGUUUGUGGUUGUGUGUCCCCUUCCUGCUGCUCAACCCCAUAUCUACAAACAUUGCCCACACUGCUUUUAACCACACAUUCCAAAAACCCUGGGUCGGCACUCUGGAGCAGGACAAAGUCUGGAAGUGGAUUGAUGACUUCUUAAUGCUUGGUCUUGGUAGUCUUUCAUUUCAGUGCUUCCACCAGAGGACGCUGUCUGCAUCCUCAUCACGAACAGCCCAGUUAACCUGCUAUGCUGCUGCUUUUUUCAUCGCCAUACUGGGAAUCCCCCCUGCCUUGGUCGGGGCUGUCGGCGCCUCCACAGACUGGAACCUGACGCUGUACGGUUCUCCAUCUCCAUAUGUACGUGGUGAACCUAGUUUGAUCCUGCCCUUGACCCUUCAAUACCUCACUCCAUCUUUCAUCUCAAUGAUUGCAAUUGGAGGCGUGGCCGCUGCUGUCAUGUCAUCCACAGACUCAGCCCUUUUGUCUGCAACUUCUGUUUUUUCUUCCAACAUUUACAAGAACAUCCUGCGUAAACAGGCAUCAGACAAUGAAAUACAAUGGGUGAUUCGGGUCACGGUGGUGGUGGUGGGUCUGGUUGGGACAUGCAUAACGUUCUACACCAACAGCCCCCUGGUCCUGUGGCUUCUCGGAGCAGACGUCUCCUACACUCUUAUAUUCCCCCAUCUGGUCACUGUGCUCUUCUUUAAAGUGACAAAUGGUUACGGUGCCAUGGUGGGUUACAUCAUCGGGCUGACUGUAAGAAUUUUGUUGGGGGAGAACCUUAUAGGUCUUCCUGUUGUUCUUCACCUUCCCGGUUGCACUUUGGAAGAGGGCGUCUACGUCCAAAAGUCCCCGGUCAGGACCGUCUCCAUGCUCUGCACUUUGGCCACCAUCUUAGUUUUUUCUUCGCUGACUUUCUUCAUGUUCAAUCAUGGCCUGUUACCUGAGAGGUGGGACAUUUUCAAAGUAAAACGUAAUGUUGCUAUGUGUCCCGUGGAUCCCAUCACACAGAAUCUAAAAGAAAAGAAAGAACAAGAAGCUGAAAGUGAUGCUGAGUGUGACGAGAACAGACAUGGAGUUGUUUUACAGCCAAUCAUGUAA